AUCGCGAAGCUAUAAUCUCGUCCUAUCAAUUGCUGUAAAUAAUCGUAAUCAACAUGAAUGGGCAAUGUCGGAAGGCUUAUAAAAGCGGCUGUCGAACGAUAGGUGCUCAUUUUUAGCUGAGAAAAUGUCGCGGAAUCAGGAUCUCUGUCUGUCGGCAAUCAUUGCCCUCUUGACCAUGGCGGGCAUUUCCCAUGGUGCUCCUCAAAUGGGACGUGUGGUCAAUGGCACGGACUCCAGCGUGGAGAAAUACCCCUUCGUGAUUUCGAUGCGUGGCUCCUCUGGCUCGCAUUCCUGCGGUGGCUCCAUCAUUUCCAAGCAGUUUGUGAUGACAGCUGCCCAUUGUACGGACGGACGCACGGCCUCGUCCCUGUCCGUUCAGUAUGGAGUGACCAAGAUUAAUGCCACCGGUCCGAAUGUGGUGCGCGUGAAGAAGAUCAUCCAGCACGAGGACUACAAUCCCUACAACAACUAUGCUAACGACAUCUCACUGCUGCUCGUGGAGGAACCCUUCGAGUUUGAUGGCGUCACUGUGGCACCCGUGAAGUUGCCGGAGCUCGCCUUUGCCACACCUCAAACGGAUGCCGGUGGCGAGGGAGUGCUCAUCGGAUGGGGCCUCAAUGCGACUGGCGGAUACAUCCAAUCCACACUGCAGGAGGUGGGCUUGAAGGUCUACUCCGACGAGGAGUGCACCGAACGGCAUGGCGGCAGAACGGAUCCCAGGUACCACAUCUGCGGAGGCGUGGACGAGGGCGGCAAGGGACAGUGCAGCGGAGAUUCCGGUGGUCCGCUCAUCUACAAUGGCCAGCAGGUGGGCAUCGUGUCGUGGAGCAUCAAGCCCUGCACCGUGGCUCCCUAUCCGGGUGUCUACUGCAAGGUCAGCCAGUACAUCGACUGGAUCAAGAAGAGCCAGAUCAUUUUGGCCUAGUCAUCGCACUAUCAUUGUGAAUAGAGUAUGGCCUAUACCUGCAAUAAAUAAAGCUGAUAUUGAAUGAUUAAA